AUGAAACGGUCCUUUACAGACGACACUCGUGCCAACAACAGCAAAAAGCAUUGCUCUCAUUUGAACGAGAACGAAUUCGACGUUCAAUCCCUCCAACAACCAGACCAGCCGCCAUCGCCAACCACCCACAUCGACAUGAGCACCUUCGUCUUGAACUACGUGCGUGACAUUGUGCGAGAUCUCGAUCAGGGACAUCUUGACCAUUGCCUCAGCAAACAACUGGAUCGAGACACUCUUGACAAACUACAGCCUGAGGAAGUAGAAGUUGCCACUACCUUAGACACGGCCCUGAAGAAUAUUGCACAAAAGCAGCUUAUGCUAGAAACCGACAAUCUCAGAUAUCGGAUCGCUAUUCAGCAACAAUAUCAGCUGCUGACAGCAACUCAAUGUGAAUCAUCAGAGGAUCUUACAGCAGCAGCCAAAACGCCAACUGCAACAAGUACAGCACCAGCUGCAGCUACUACUAUCAUCCCAUCAGCAUCAUCAUUAGCAUCAUCAUCAGCAUCCAACGAUCAAGAACAUGAUAUAACAACAACUGAAAUGCCACCGCCAACUCCCACAACAACAACUUCGACUGAAACAAACACAAAGAUUGAAACCACCACAACAACAACCACCACUACUGAAACCAUGGCAACACCUGAACAUGGCAUCUCGACUAUCCGUGAUUCUUCCAUGUUGGAGAAGAUGCAACCACAUAAUCGUAGCCCAAUGCUUUCAAUGCCUACCUCCUCGUCUACUGCUUCACCUACUGGUUACUUUGCUGUAUCUACUGCCACUACUUCUGGAACGCCUCCCAUCGCCACAAAUGCUGCUUCUAUGGUUGCUGGUUCGAUUACGCCAUCACCCUCCAUGACGCCACCUUUUGGUAUCCCACCUACUAGCAAUGUGUAUCCUGUCUUUUUUGGCAACACAAUGUCACCACCGCUCAUGUCUUUCCCUGCCGCUACUGCCAGUACAAGUGCCGACAACAUUGUAUGUCCUGAUUGUGUGGUCCAAGCUGUUAAAGUUGCAUCCUCAGUCUUUGCGGGUGAACUCAAUCAUCGUAUCACAUGUAAUCACGAGCGCUGCACAUCCUCCUCCGGUCCUAUACAUUCAUCGUCACCUAUCAACAUGCUCAAAAAUGCCGUCAAUAGCAUGAUCGAACGCUUACAACACGUUGCUGAUGAGGCCAUGUACGUUGCUCAUGAAACAGCUGUCAAAGGCAAACUCGGUGUACAAGCUCGAUGCGAUCGUGAGAUGAAGGGUGUUUGGCGAGACUUUGUUUUGAACCUCAACAGCAUGACUCGAAGCCAUCUUGAACAAGUGCGUGACAUUGCAGAUGUAUCAACAGCCAUUGCACGUGGUGAUUUAAGCAAAGCCAUGACCGUUCCUGUGAAAGGUGAAACACUCUUGUUAAAAAACACAUUCAACACCAUGGUCAAUCAGCUCAAUCUCUUUGCAUCGGAAGUAUCACGCGUAGCACACGAUGUCGGCACAGAAGGUCGUCUUGGUGCACAAGCCAAAGUUGCCGGUGCUGACGGCAUCUGGAAGGAGCUCACUGAUAAUGUCAAUACCAUGGCCGCCAACCUUACAAACCAAGUCCGUGAUAUUGCUCAAGUAUCCAAAUCAGUGGCUCGUGGCAACCUCACAAAAAAAGUGACCGUGGAAGUGAAGGGCGAAAUGCUUGACUUGAAGAAUACAAUCAAUACUAUGGUGGAUCAGCUUUCUAUUUUUGCAACCGAGGUUACGCGUGUGUCACUUGAAGUUGGCACGGAAGGCAAACUUGGAGGCCAAGCGGUGGUCAAAGAUGUUGCUGGCAUAUGGAAAGAUCUUACGGAUAACGUCAACAUGAUGUCGUUUAAGCUCACUGGACAAGUACGUGAUAUCGCUGCAGUCGCCAAAGCUGUAGCAAAGGGUGAUUUAUCAAAAAAGGUGACGGCCAACGCUCAAGGCGAGGUGCUUGAAUUGAAAAACACCAUGAACAAAAUGGUGGAUCAAUUGACAUUAUUCUCAGCUGAAGUACGGCGUGUGUCAUUGGAAGUGGGUGUCGAAGGCAAACUUGGUGGACAAGCUGUGGUGAAGGAUGUGGGCGGUGCAUGGAAAGAUUUGACCGACAAUGUGAAUACCAUGGCUGCCAACUUGACAACCCAAGUACGAUCCAUUGCACAAGUGACAAAAGCCGUUGCCAAGGGUGAUCUCAGCAAAAAGAUCCACGUUGAAACACGAGGAGAGAUUCUUGAUUUGAAAAACACCGUCAAUGACAUGGUGGAUCAGCUACGAGUAUUUUCAACAGAGGUGACACGUGUAGCCAAAGAAGUUGGUACAGAUGGCAAACUUGGCGGUCAAGCAGUAGUACCCAAUGUUGGUGGCACGUGGAAGGAUCUCACAGACAAUGUCAACACCAUGGCAGCUAAUUUGACAACUCAAGUGCGGUCCAUAGCAAGAGUCACCAAAGCCGUUGCUAAUGGUGAUUUAUCCCAAAAGGCCACUGUCAAUGUUAGUGGUGAGAUUUCCGAUUUGAAGGAUACCGUCAACAACAUGGUGGAUCAGCUACGCGUGUUUUCAUUCGAGGUGACCAGGGUUUCACGUGAGGUUGGCACCGAGGGCAAGCUUGGAGGUGAAGCAGUUGUACCCAAUGUCAGCGGCACUUGGAAAGACCUUACCGAUAAUGUGAAUACCAUGGCUGCCAAUUUGACUACGCAAGUGCGAUCGAUUGCUCAGGUCACCAAAGCUGUCGCCAAAGGUGAUCUGAGCAAAAAGAUUGAGGUGGAAACCCGUGGCGAAAUAUUGGACCUUAAGAAUACGGUCAACAACAUGGUGGAUCAACUCACAGUAUUCGCUGCCGAAGUCACACGUGUUGCGAAGGAAGUGGGCACCGAAGGCAAACUAGGUGGCCAAGCUGUGGUGCCCAAUGUGGAUGGUACUUGGAUGGAUUUGACCGACAAUGUGAAUACCAUGGCUGCCAAUUUGACGGCGCAAGUACGAUCCAUUGCCCAAGUGACUAAAGCCGUUGCUCUUGGUGAUUUAUCCAAAAAGAUCGAGGUUGAAAGUGGCGGUGAAAUUCGAGAGCUCAAGGAUAUUGUCAACAACAUGGUGGAUCAAUUACGUAUCUUUGCAUCUGAAGUCACUCGUGUAUCCAAGGAAGUGGGCACCGAAGGCAAAUUGGGAGGUCAAGCUGUUGUACGUGGUGUAGCUGGUACUUGGUGGGAGCUCACGAAUAAUGUCAACAUCAUGGCGGCCAACCUUACGAGCCAAGUGAGAUCCAUUGCGGAGGUGACUAAAGCUGUUGCAUUGGGAGACUUGUCCAAGAAGAUCGAAGUUGAAAGUGGUGGCGAGAUCUUGGAGCUCAAAGAUAUUGUCAAUGGCAUGGUGGAUCAAUUACGUAUAUUUGCAUCCGAGGUGACUCGUGUAUCCAAGGAAGUUGGCACUGAAGGCAAAUUGGGCGGUCAAGCUGUUGUCAAAGGUGUUGCUGGCACGUGGUAUGAGCUCACCAACAACGUCAAUAUCAUGGCAGCAAAUCUCACCAAUCAAGUACGCUCUAUUGCCGAGGUGACUAAAGCUGUUGCAUUGGGUGAUCUAUCCAAAAAGAUUGAAGUUGAGAGUGGCGGCGAGAUUCUCGAGCUCAAAAACAUCGUCAACAACAUGGUGGAUCAACUACGUAUUUUUGCGUCCGAAGUCACUCGUGUAUCCAAGGAAGUUGGCACUGAAGGCAAAUUGGGUGGUCAAGCUGUUGUUAAAGGCGUCGCUGGUACUUGGUGGGAGCUUACCAAUAACGUCAAUAUCAUGGCAGCCAACCUUACAAGUCAAGUGAGAUCCAUUGCCGAAGUAACCAAGGCUGUUGCAUUGGGAGACUUAUCCAAAAAGAUUGAAGUUGAAAGUGGUGGCGAGAUCUUGGAGCUCAAGAACAUUGUCAAUGACAUGGUGGAUCAACUACGUAUCUUUGCAUCUGAAGUGACACGUGUAUCCAAGGAAGUGGGCACCGAAGGCAAAUUGGGAGGCCAAGCUGUUGUACGUGGUGUAGCUGGUACAUGGCAGGAGCUCACUAGCAAUGUCAAUAUCAUGGCAGCCAACCUGACAAACCAAGUACGCUCUAUUGCCGAGGUGACUAAAGCCGUUGCUCUUGGUGAUUUAUCAAAGAAGAUCGAGGUUGAAAGUGGUGGUGAAAUUCGAGAGCUCAAGGAUAUUGUCAACAACAUGGUGGAUCAAUUACGUAUCUUUGCAUCUGAAGUCACUCGCGUAUCCAAGGAAGUUGGCACUGAAGGCAAAUUGGGCGGCCAAGCUGUCGUCAAAGGUGUUGCUGGUACUUGGUGGGAGCUCACGAAUAAUGUCAACAUCAUGGCAGCCAACCUUACGAGUCAAGUACGCUCUAUUGCUGAAGUCACCAAAGCUGUCGCCUUGGGUGAUUUAUCCAAAAAGAUUGAAGUUGAGAGUGGUGGCGAGAUUCUUGAGCUUAAGGAUAUUGUCAAUGGCAUGGUGGAUCAACUACGUAUCUUCGCAUCUGAGGUCACUCGUGUAUCCAAGGAAGUGGGAACCGAAGGCAAAUUGGGAGGCCAAGCUGUUGUUAAAGGCGUUGCUGGUACUUGGUGGGAGCUCACGAAUAAUGUCAACAUCAUGGCAGCCAACCUUACCAAUCAAGUACGAUCCAUUGCCGAAGUAACAAAAGCCGUUGCAUUGGGAGACUUAUCCAAGAAGAUCGAAGUUGAAAGUGGUGGCGAGAUCUUAGAACUCAAGAACAUUGUCAAUGACAUGGUGGAUCAACUACGUAUCUUUGCAUCUGAAGUGACACGUGUAUCCAAGGAAGUGGGCACUGAAGGAAAACUUGGUGGACAAGCCAUUGUACGAGGUGUGGCGGGCACAUGGAAAGAUUUGACCGACAAUGUGAAUACCAUGGCAGCAAAUUUGACAGCUCAAGUACGAUCUAUUGCCCAAGUGACCAAAGCUGUUGCUCUUGGUGAUUUAUCAAAGAAGAUUGAAGUCGAGAGCGGCGGUGAAAUUCUUGAGCUCAAGGAUAUUGUCAACAACAUGGUGGAUCAACUACGUAUAUUUGCGUCCGAGGUGACCCGUGUAUCCAAGGAAGUUGGCACUGAAGGAAAACUGGGUGGUCAAGCUGUCGUCAAAGGUGUUGCUGGCACAUGGUGGGAGCUCACAAAUAAUGUCAAUAUCAUGGCUGCAAACCUCACCAACCAAGUACGCUCUAUUGCCGAGGUGACUAAAGCCGUUGCUCUUGGUGACUUGUCAAAGAAGAUCGAGGUUGAAAGUGGCGGUGAAAUUCGAGAGCUCAAGGAUAUUGUCAACAACAUGGUGGAUCAAUUACGUAUCUUUGCAUCUGAAGUCACUCGUGUAUCCAAGGAAGUGGGCACUGAAGGCAAAUUGGGCGGCCAAGCAGUGGUGCGUGGUGUCGCUGGUACUUGGUGGGAGCUCACGAAUAAUGUCAACAUUAUGGCGGCCAACCUUACCAAUCAAGUGAGAUCCAUUGCGGAGGUGACUAAAGCUGUUGCAUUGGGAGACUUGUCCAAGAAGAUUGAAGUUGAAAGUGGUGGUGAAAUACUUGAGCUCAAGAACAUUGUUAACAACAUGGUGGAUCAAUUACGGGUGUUUGCAUCCGAAGUGACACGUGUAUCCAAGGAAGUGGGCACCGAAGGCAAACUUGGCGGACAAGCUAUUGUGCAAGGUGUUGCUGGUACAUGGAAGGAUUUGACGGACAAUGUGAAUACCAUGGCAGCCAAUUUGACGGCUCAAGUGCGAUCCAUUGCUCAAGUGACGAAGGCUGUUGCUCUUGGUGACCUAUCCAAAAAGAUUGAAGUUGAGAGUGGUGGUGAAAUCCUUGAGCUCAAGAAUACGGUCAAUGACAUGGUGGAUCAAUUGCGAGUAUUUUCUACCGAAGUGACACGCGUGGCACGUGAAGUCGGCACCGAAGGCAAAUUAGGAGGCCAAGCUCAUGUCCAAGGUGUGGCUGGUACAUGGAAGGACUUGACGGAUAAUGUCAACAUGAUGGCAGGCAAUCUCACAACACAAGUACGAUCCAUUGCUACCGUCACCACUGCCGUUGCCAAAGGUGAUCUUUCGAGGAAGAUUGUUGUUGAAGUGCAAGGUGAGAUCUUGCAGCUAAAGAACACGGUGAACUCUAUGGUGGAUCAACUUCGUGUGUUUGCUGCUGAAGUGACACGUGUGGCACGAGAAGUUGGCACAGAGGGUAAACUCGGUGGCCAAGCAACGAUUAUGGGCGUGGAUGGCACCUGGAAAGACCUUACCGACAAUGUGAACCUCAUGGCAAGCAACCUAACGGAUCAGCUACGCUCUAUUGCAGCAGUUUGUAAAGCUGUGGCUCAAGGUGAUCUAUCCAAAAAGAUUGAAGUUGAAGUACAUGGCGAGAUUGCUGAGCUCAAGGAUACCAUCAACACCAUGGUUGAUCAACUCAAUUCAUUCGCUUUCGAAGUUACACGUGUUGCUCGCGAAGUUGGUACUGAAGGCAAUCUUGGUGUGGAAGCACGCGUCAAAGGUGUGGGUGGUGUAUGGCUUGAAAUCACCAGCAAUGUCAAUACCAUGGCAUCGAAUCUUACAACACAAGUGCGUGCGUUUGCGCAAAUCUCCGCUGCUGCUGCCGAGAAUGACUUUUCUCGCUUGAUCACUGUUGAGGCACAAGGCGAGAUGGAUGCUCUAAAGACCAAGAUCAAUCAAAUGGUUAGCUCUUUACGUGAUGCCAUGCAAAAGCAUCGUCAAGCAAAGGAGACGGCUGAAAUGGCAAAUCGAUCCAAGAGCGAGUUCUUAGCCAACAUGAGUCAUGAAAUCAGAACACCCAUGAAUGGCAUUAUUGGAAUGACAGCCUUGACAUUGGAGACGGAGCUUAACAGACAACAACGAGAAAAUCUCAUGAUUGUAUCAAGCUUGGCCAAUACCCUGUUGACUAUCAUUGAUGAUAUCUUGGAUAUUUCAAAGAUCGAAGCUGGACGUAUGACCAUGGAGACGAUUCCCUUUUCAAUGCGUUCAUCAGUAUUCAGCGUGCUCAAAACAUUGGCUGUCAAGGCGAAUCAAAAGAAGCUUGACUUGAUAUACAAUGUCGAUAAGGGUAUCCCUGAUCAUCUUAUUGGCGAUCCAUUACGUCUAAGACAAGUCAUCACCAACCUUAUUGGCAACGCCGUCAAGUUUACAAACCAAGGCGAAGUGGCAUUGGAGGCGCGUGUCAUUGAUAUGCAAAACAACUUUGCUACAUUGCAAUUCUGUAUCGCUGAUACCGGUAUUGGCAUCCAUUCUGAUAAGCUGCAAAUCAUCUUUGAUACAUUUUGUCAGGCCGAUGGAAGCACAACGCGUGAAUAUGGUGGUACUGGUCUUGGAUUAUCUAUUUGCAAGCAUCUUGUCGAGUUGAUGGGUGGCCAAGUGUGGGUGGAAUCCAAGUAUGGUCGUGGCUCUCAGUUUUACUUUACCAUGAAGCUGCAACUACAUUAUGUGGAAGAAAAGGACGUUAUGGAUAAGAUGGUACGAUUCCGUGGCCGACGUAUUCUAUUUGUCGACAGCCUGCAAGAUUCAAGUGGAUUGGUGAGCAAGAUGGAGAAGCUUGGAUUGGAAGUUUACCGUGUAUGUGAUGUGGUCGAAGCAACCGAAUUGGCCAACAAGUACUCAGCCAGAGCUAAGCACACGCCCUACUUUGAUACCGUGGUUAUCGAUAAGAUGGCUCAAGCAGGCAAAAUUCGAGACAUCAUGCCGUUGCGUUACACGCCAUUGGUGAUUGUUUCACCCGAAGCCCACAUGCUCAACAUGAAACUAUGCAUCGAUUUGGGUAUCACGGGAUACAUCAACUCGCCACAAACACUUGCUGAAUUGAUGGAGGUGUUAUUGCCAGCAUUGGAAAGUCACGUUGCGUUGCCAAGCGACUCAUCAAAGACGGUGCCUCUUCGAAUUCUACUUGCGGAGGACAAUAUGGUGAAUCAAAAACUUGCUCUUCGGAUUCUACAAAAAUUUGGACACAAUGUUACCACGGUCAGCAAUGGCAAAUUUGCUGUGGAAAAGUUCCAAAACGAGCCAUUUGACAUGAUUUUGAUGGACGUGCAGAUGCCAGUGAUGGGAGGCUUUGAAGCUACGCAAAGGAUUCGACAAUUGGAAAAAGAAUCAGGUACGGAUUCUCACAUUCCCAUUAUCGCGUUGACGGCCCAUGCCAUGAUUGGUGACCGAGAAAAGUGUUUGGCGUCAGGGAUGGAUGAAUACGUUACAAAGCCCCUGCGUCUACCAGAGUUGAUUGCUGCAAUCAAGAAAUUCGCUCCUCAAUCGGCUCAUGUUCCCUUGGAUCAGCCUUCAUCCUCAAGCAGCAAAGGCAGUUAUCAUCGCUAA